AUGGACUUUCAUUCACGUGUAAAAAACGUCGUGGAGAGCAACGCUUUGCGCACAAUAUUAUUUAAUCAGGUUCCGAACAACAACGUGGACAUUGCUGCGAUCAGAAGAAAGGGAAAAUGGUCUCGUCAUGAUAUAAGGUUCACGGGAUAUCAUGCCUUUGUUGCUAUUGUGUGUAGAGAAGCGGGUAUAAUUUUAAAUGAAACGGACUACAAUGUCCUAAGCAACGCUUCCGAGAUGCUGUGGAAGGACGCUCCUAGGCAGAAUUAUAUAAACAUCGCUCGAGCAGUCAAUGCUAAUAUCCGUCGAUGA